UGGUGCAGAAUGCCGACCCUGACGCCGCACGUCCCCGUUCCGCGACCCGCUUACUCCCAGGCCCGGGAGAACCUGGUGAAGGCCAUCCCCCCCAAGCUGCUGUGUCUGCUGGCCUGCGGCGGUGUGGACUGCCGUUACGAGGGACCAGAAUGUUGGAAAGCAAACCAGCAGGCCAUCAGAGGCAUUUUCUCAUCGUGGGUGACUGAUGACAUCAUCGCCAUGGCACGACCAUCCCGAAGCUUGAUGGACAAGUACAGCAUCAUCGAGCAAUUCCAAAGAUUGAACAUCAAAUCCAUCAUAAACAUGCAAAUGCCAGGUGAGCACGCUCACUGUGGCCCCCCUCUGGAUCCUGAAAGCGGUUUCACUUAUUCCCCACAGACCUUCAUGGAGAACGACAUUUACUUUUACAACUUUGGCAUGCCGGACUUCUACGUGUCGUCGCUGGUCAGCAUAAUAGAUGGAGUGAAGGUGCUGGCCUUCGCGGUGGGGGAAGGGAGAGUUGCGGUGCACUGCCACGCAGGUCUCGGCAGAACAGGGGUCCUGAUAGCCUGCUACUUGAUCUACACUUUGCGCAUCAGUCCCAGCGAGGCCGUCCACUAUGUGCGCAUCAAGAGGCCGCGCUCCAUCCAGACCCGAGCGCAGAUCAGCCAGGUGUUCGACUUUGCCCGUCUGCUCGGCACGCAGCUGGUUCAGUACCCGGACCUCAACCUGCGACACGGAUUCCCCGUCACCCUCCAGCACUACCUCAACCGCCAGGCGCUCCUAUUGCACGGCCAGGAGGCCCGCACGCUCAGAUACAUACCAAAGGUGGUGUACCUCCUGUGUGGGCGCCUCUCCUGCUUGUCUCUCGGACUCCCCGCAGCUCCGGAGGUAAACGCUGAACUGGAGAAGAGGUCAGCACUGAGGAUCUUGACCAGAGUUGUGAGGGAGACCCUGGAGUCCAAACAGUUCCUGCCCUUGCUGAGGGAGCGCCACAACAUCCCACAGUUGGGUUCGGGCUCCGUGUCCUCCUGGGAUGAGCCGCUGGGGUUUUUGGAGAGGAAGGGGGACUUGCUCCUGGACAAGCGUAGCUACAGCGACUCUGACCUUAGCAAAUUGAUGGAUCUGGAGAUGAGUCCCUGGCGCAUGUCAGAAGUGAUGGGACUUGAUCGGAUACCGCUGAGCGCCAAGACCGCCAGACUGUCAUCGCAGCUGAUCACCAAGAACUUUCAAACACGUAAUAUGCAGCCCAGCCAAAACCCUGCUACAAAGUUCCAGCACACAGCUAAAAAGGAUCAAUCCAAGUACAGCUCCAACAUUGAGUUGUGCAGGAUUGCCCACAAUCCACAGCUAACCUCGGUGGCUCGCACCAUUGCCAAUGCGAUGGCAGACCAAGGUCCACCAGAAGAAACCAUUCUGCAGCGAUCAUUUCUUCUACAGGAGGAACUGAACAACAGCGAAUGUGGCUGGGCUCUUUUGGUGACAGAGUCAGAUCCUGAAGUCCUCACAUGUCUGCUGUGGACCUGGCUCGAAAAGCUCAAAGAGCCUGUUCUUGGUGCUGAGGAAUUGGCAAGAUUGAGUUGUGCCGGAGGCAACAAGAAGUCUCUCGGUGUCCUCAAGAAGCCACAGAGGCAGACCAUCUAUUGUUUGUUAAGCUGUGUCAACACGGUGACCAGCCUGUGUCCGCACAGGGAAGAUGGCGUGCUGCAGCGGCUGAUACGAGCGCUGACCAAGCGGCCUCAACAGGACGUGGGAAGCCUGGCAGAUUUAACAGAUCUCAUGAGGGCCCACUUGCGGAAGACCUGUCACGGCAACACUUACGUCCGGAGAGCCUGCAGCUGGGACGCCACACUUUGAACUGGACCAUUUCUUUUCAGUCAUUCCGACAAAAACCAAGCUGUUGACGUUACGAGUGGUGCAAAAUGAUUUCGUCCGCCUGACAGUGGUGAAAGACUACGUGGUCCCAAGAAGACAUGCGCGGUGUUUUUCAUUUGAUUGUUAUAUCUACCGUAAUUAUGAGAUAUGCGUCAUUUUCCGACGUUCUGGGUGGGGCACUGUAGCUGUUGUAAACCAAGGAACCCCCCCCUACUGCUUCGUUAAAUCUUCCAUCCAUCCAACCAUUCUCUACCGCUUCUCCGGGUCGGGUCGCGGGGGAAGUUGCUUCAGCUGGGAUACCCAGACUUCCCUUUCCCCGGCAGUUCUUCCAGCUUUUUUGGAGGGAUCCCGAGGUGUUCCCAGGCCAGCCGAGAAACAUAGUCUCUCCACGUAUCCUGGGUCAUCCACACUGUCUCUUUCUGAUGGGACGUACCCGGAACACCUCACCAGGCGAUCAGAUGCCAAAGCCACCUCGUCUGGCUCCUCUCAAUGCGGAGGAACAGCGGCUCGACAUUGAGCUCCUCCUAUUUGACCGAGCUCCCUUACGCUAUCUCUAAGGAAGAGCCCGGACACCCUGCGGAGGAAACUCAUUUCGGCCGCUAGUAUCCGGGAUCUUGUUCUUUCAGUCUUGAUUAUCCCAAAAUACCACUCAAGCAACAUUUUACAUAGCUUGUCAACCCAAAAGGUGCAAAAAAAAAACCUUUGGCCUUCUCAAGUCUGUUGAUCGACCACCCCCUCCGAGGCCUGAGGUGAGGAGGGCGGACUAGGGCCUGGGCCCGCGCCUGACCCCUGCUGUGCCACCCGACCCAAGACGGCGACAAUUUGCGACGCCAACACCCUUUGGGCCGCUGAAGGCAGAGUCCGGCUCGGGCUGGACUCCAGACUCGGUGCACU